CAUGGCGGACGAAGCGUGAGUUCAUCAUGAGUCUUCUUUCUCGUGCCUUUUGUACCCGUUAUUUCAAACCAACGUCCUUUCAAAGGAUUGCUCCUAUAAGAUAUCAUAGGGCUUAUUCCACGGGUUCCAGCGAUGGGGGAGAUAAGCCAUCCAAGAGUGGAAUUUCAAGCCUUUUGAGCUCGUUGAAGCGAAAGGACAAAAAUGGUGAUUUGAAGGAGAUUUUGCAGCGCGGCAAACAGUUAAAAGAACCACAAAAAGAUACCCUGGAAACCGUAAUAGGAAAUGAAAAUAGAGUUAAGUCAGUGGCAGCAGAAGGAAGCGUAAAGAGCAGUAUGGAGCGUCUCAGUCAGAGCUCAGUUUUAUCUGAAGAUGACGUCAAAGCAGGAACCAGAGACGAAAGAUUGAACGCUAGAGAAACCCCUAUUCCAAGCCCACCAUUUGAAACAACCAAGACAUCAGAUGUUUCAGACACAAUGAAGAAAAUGCUUAAAAAAGAUGCUGCAAACCCAACACUUUCUCCUGAGAUCCAUGGUAAGCUGAAAUCAAUUUUAUCCAAACUCAAGAUUGACUCAGCGCAGACCAAUCUCUCAAAAGAUAUUAUUGGAGCAGCAAAGAGUUGGGGGCGAGUAAGCCCAAGGUACAGGAAGGAUAUUGUCAGUGACUAUAAAAUGCAGAGUAGAAAAGAGGCACUUCAAGUGACUAGGGAAAUAUCACUUACAGAUGGAGCAAGGUUCAAUCUGUUUGACAAUAUCUUUGGUCAUAGCGUUGCUUCCAAAGAGCCUCCAAGUAAGCUCAGCUUAUUAGAGGGCAUAGAAAUGGAAAUGUUGCUGAGAUAUGAAGCUUUAGAUCAAAGAAAUGAUUUUAUAAGUCUAAUAGAGAUUGCAGACAAACAGUGGAAGUUUCCAGUGGAUAAUGAAGUGUGUAAAGUAGAAGAGGAGAGUGUUAGCUUUGAGGAGCAUGUCUUUCUUGGGUAUCUGCUUGACGGUUUCCCCAAGAAGGGUCCAGUGAGGAGGUUUAUGGAGCUUGUUAUUAAUGGUUUAGAACAGAAUCCACACAUGACAGUGGCACAGAAGAAAGGCCAAGUGGAAUGGUUCAAGGAAUACUUUGAUAACAUCCCUGAAGGGGAUCUAUCUUUUUAACAAUGGUUUGAUAUAAAUAGGCUCUGCAAAUUGCCAUUGUUAAAGGUAAUAUCAAACAAUUAAAGAUUCUCGAAAUUGCA